AUGAGAGACGGGCUUUCACAAGAACCAUCAAUUGAACCACAAAUUGAGUUGACAAGAGAAAAUCUAAUCAGAGAACAAGAUGGUGAUUCUAAAUCAAUUAUAGUUGAAACUAACAAUUCCAAAACAACCAAAAAUUCAAAUCUACAUAAUGUUAUAAUUCAUCCAAGAUUAAAACCAGCACCAUUCAAAAUACGUGAUGCAUAUCCUACAGACUUACCAAAACCAACAGAAAUAUGCACUGUAAAUGAUUUAAAAUUUUAUCAAAAUGAAGAAUUACCUGUAAAUAGACGAGGGUUUAAAUAUAAAUUAUGUAAACCUAAUCCUAUAUUCACAUCAAAUUAUUAUUCAACAACAGAUAUAGAACCAUAUGAAGUUAGUUUGUCUUGGUUUGAUAGGUCUACGGGGUCCUAUUUAAGUCAAGAUUGUAAAGCAUUAACACUGAAUCAAGGUUGGAGAUCAGUUAGAUCAAAUGUUGGAAUACGAGAAGGUAUUUAUUAUUUUGAAUUUAAGAUUUUAAAAUCAGAUGAUUAUAGUCAUGUAAGAAUAGGAUUAGGAAGAAGAGAGGCAAGUAUUGAAGCACCAGUUGGAUUUGAUGGAUAUGGAUAUGGAAUUAGAGAUGUUGGAGGAGAAUUAGUAUUUAUAAGUCGAAGGAAAAACGUUUUAAUUGAAGAAGGGUUCAAGACUGGUGAUGUUAUUGGAUUUGAAGUUCAUUUACCUUCUUUAAGUCAACAAAAGAAAGAAAUUGAAGAAUUUGUUAAUUUAAAAAAAUCUGAAAUUCCUGAUCAUCAUACAACUAAAAAAAGGAAAACCAAUACUAAAAACAAAAAAUUCAAUAAUAUUGAAGAUAAUGAAAAAUUUAAUGAAUUUAAUAAUAUUUUAAGAGAUCAAAUACCUACAAAGUCCAAAGGUGUUUUAUACUAUGAUCAAUUUGAAUAUACUAAAACUAAAAUGAUGGAUCAUUUAUUAAAUCCUAUUACAGUGUUUGGUGAAAAAGCAAUAAUUGAAAUGGACGAUAAGACUAAAAAUAUACCAAUAAUUUCAAAUUCAAAAAUUGUCCUAUACAAAAAUGGAGUAAAGCAAAACGAAACCAUUGAAAAUUUAUAUUCAUUUCUACCUACUAAUUUAGAAGAAAUUGAAGAAAUAAACCUCGAACCAAAUUUAAAACAACAACUGAAUCCAAAUUAUAAAAAUAAUGAUGAUAAUACAUUGGGAUAUUACCCCAUGUUAUCAACUUUUCAAAAUGGUGCAGUUUCCUUGAAUGCUGGUCCUGAAUUUGAAUAUCCACCUGAAAAUACCCAAAUAAAACCAUUAAGUGAUCGAUAUAAUGAACAUGUAAUUGAAGAAUGGUAUUGGGAUAUAAUUGAUGAAGUUGAAGCUCAGUAUUUAGAUAGUUUUGAUUAA